AAUUCUGAGGUGGUGGGGAAGGGUACCUGUUUGAGUGAGUGAGUGAGUGAGUGAGUGAGUGAGUGAGUGAGUGAGUGAAUGAGUGUGUGUGUGUGUGUGUGUGUGUGUGUGUGUGCGCGCUUGCUUGCUUGCUUGCUUGUGUGUUUUCUCCGUAGGGCAGGGAAGCAUGAGAGGAGGGGGAGUAGCAACUUAAGAGCGUUGACCCGGCUUCCCCAAGGAGGGCCGGGGCUGUCCUGGAGACCGUUACAGGUAGGCAGCCGGAGCGGUGGGACUCCUCCUUGGCGGUGGGUGCCGCGAGGGCGCCCGCCCCUCGAGAGCCCUGAGUGAAGGCGCCGGGAGGAGCGCCAGACCGCGGCGACGCAGGUGUGUCUCUCGCUCCGGGCGGGCUUCUGGGGGCUGUGGGGCGCGUGCGAGAGCGGCCUCUGCCCGCGGGCUUCUGGCCGAGGUGCAACGCAGCCGGGUGCUUUCAGUCUCUGAGACUCUUUAGCGUCCGUCCGUCCGUCCAGGCUCGCGGUGGCGUAGGUGCGCCGGCUGUUCCCGAGAGCCCAUCGGACGCCUGCGGUGCGGAGGCCGGUUCCCUCCGCGAGGCUGGGCGGGUGGCCUCAGUGAGACGCCGGACCGCGGCCGCCCUGGCGCCGACCCGAGCCUGCCCCUGUCCGCUCGGGUUCGCGAGCCUCAGUGGAUCAUGGAUCAUGGACUUCCACAUGAUCUCUGACAACAGCAUGUGCCCAGACUUCAUCAUGGUCUCCAGUGGCAGUACAGACCAUGGACGUCAACAUAGCCCUCUGCUGCAGCACUGGCCAUGGACAACAUCAUAGCCCUUGACAGCAACACAGGCUAAAGACAUCAACAUGGCUUCAGGUUGAUAUCAAAAUUGGAAGUUUUCUAGUUAUUAGAAAUUGAAAGUAUGGCAGCAGAAUUUAUAAAGAGUUGCUGUAGAGGAUGUCUCUAUGGUGAAACAGAAAAGCAGAAGUUUUCUGUGGACAGAGACUUUAAAGCAUCAGCCUCAAGUAGCCAAAAUACCAUUGGUAUCCCUCCAUUGACUUCUGUUCUAGUAAAGCCUCAAGUUGGCUGUAAUGAAGAUUAUUUGCUUUCCAAAUUACCAUGUGAUGGUAAAGAAGUACAAUUUGUGGUGCCCAGGUUUAAAUUAUCUUAUAUUCAGCCUAGGACACAAGGAAUUCCUUCACAUCUGGAUGAACUGGAAGGAUCUGCUAGAGCAUCUUUUGGAGAUCAAAAGACAGAACUUUGUAGUUCAUUCUACCAUGGACCCAGCUAUGAUGUGUAUAAUCCAUGCUAUAUGUAUCAACACUUUUCACCUGAUUUAAGUAGGCGCUUUCUUCCUCAUUGUGAAACAAAACAGUUAUAUGGAUCUGUUUGUGAUUUAAGGACCAGUAAACUUCCUGGUUCCUCUGGGCUAAGCAAAUCUAUGCUUGAUCUUACAACUUCAUCUCAGCGAUUCAUCCAGAGACAUGACUCAUUUUCCAGUGUUCCUAGUAGUUCUUCUUCAAGAAAAAAUUCUCAGGGCAGUAACAGAAGCCUGGAUACAAUUACCCUAUCAGGAGAUGAAAGAGACUUGGGGAGAUUGAAUGUGAAAUUAUUUUAUAAUUCUUCAGCAGAGCAGAUCUGGAUCACAGUUUUGCAGUGCAGAGAUAUAAGUUGGCCCUCUAGUUAUGGAGACACUCCCACAAUUUCUAUAAAAGGAAUUUUAACAUUGUCCAAACCAGUGCAUUUCAAAUCUUCAGCCAAAGAAGGUUCCAAUGCUAUUGAAUUUAUGGAAACAUUUGUAUUUGCUAUUAAACUACAAAAUCUCCAAGCUGUGAGACUUGCAUUUAAGAUUCAAACCCAGACUCCCAAGAAGAAAACCAUUGGAGAGUGUUCUCUUUCACUCAGAACUCUUAGUACCCAGGAAAUGGAGUACUCGUUGGAAAUAAUAGCACCUUCAAAAAUUUCUGUUUGCCAAGCAGAACUUGAACUGGGGACUUGUUUUCAAGCAGUAAAUAGCAGGAUUCAGCUGCAAAUUCUUGAGGCACAAUACCUUCCAAGUUCAUCAACACCUUUGACUUUGAGUUUUUUUGUGAAAGUGGGGAUGUUUAGCUCAGGAGAGCUGAUUUACAAGAAGAAGACACGCUUAUUGAAGGCCUCCAGUGGAAGAGUAAAAUGGGGAGAAACUAUGAUUUUUCCACUUAUACAGACUGAAAAAGAAAUUGUUUUUCUUAUUAAACUUUAUAGUCGGAGCUCUGUAAGAAGAAAACAUUUUGUAGGCCAGCUCUGGAUAAGUGAAGACAGUAAUAAUAUUGAAGCAGUGAAUCAAUGGAAAGAGACCAUUACAAAUCCGGAAAAGGUUGUUAUCAAGUGGCACAAGUUAAAUCCAUCUUGAAGACGUUGGGCAUUAAAUUGCUGAAGAGACAGCUUGACAUUCUUUUAGAAGAAACAUAAUUUUUAAAAUUUGUAAUGAGUCCUUUCAGGUACACAAAGUGAACGAAAUGUUUUAAAAUGGUGCCAAAAUAUGAUAAAAGGGUAGUAGCAUUUGGCCAACUUAAUGAAUUAUACAAUCUAUAAAAAUAUCAAUCCUAGAUAAGUAUCUUUUUAAAGUACUAUUAGACAUUUACAAGACUUUACCUCUUUUCCAGUGCUAGACAUGAUUAAUUAGAUCUUGGUUAUACUGUUUAUAGCUUAUAUGUAUUUUUCUCACAGCAAAAAUGAAUAGAACCAUUCCAUUACUUUUUUCCUGUAUAUGAAGAAAAUUGGUACCCUGUACUUACAAUUUAUUUAUGUUAUUGCAUAGCCAUUUUAUAAACUGCUUAUUUCUUGGAGAAUUAGAGAGUUAUUUAUAUUUUUCAAAGAAUAAAUAAAGCUUGGAUCUAGGAGGAUUGCUUGGUGGAAAAGGAGCUUGUCCCCACACUGAAAAUUUGAGUUCCAUCCCUGCAAUGCAAUAUGAUGGAAGGAGAGAACCAAUUCCUUCAUAUUGUUCAUUGUCAUUCACAUGUAGACCAUCAACACACACACACACACACACACACACACACACACACACACACACACACACAAAUAAAUAAUAAAUAAGUAAAAAGAUUAAUUGAAGUUAAACUUAAAGUCAAUUUUGCCUUCUCAUUUUUAACCUUUUUUUGUAGUUAAAAUAUUUUACAUUUGGAUAACUUAAUUUAGCAAAAUUAAAUUAGCUUAAAUAGCAAAUUUAGUAUUUUAUGAUCAGUAGUUCUUUGUUUCAAUUUUUUAUGUAAAUUACUUGUUCUAUAAUCCACAAUGUUAAAGUAUUUUCCCACUUUGAUAACCAUACCAGCUAACAAUGUAUAGGAUACAAAUAUGUUUCUACUAUAGGCUUCUUUCAGGUACAUAUUAGAACUUAGCAUAUGAAGAUUAUUUCUGCUUGGAUGGGCAUAAGCGUGUGGCUAAAACAAAAUAAUUUUAUGAAGAAACAAGCAACAGUUUCUAAUCUUACUUUAUUUUUACCAAAAAGUAAACAAUGGAUCUAUGUUCCUGAUCCUUGUCUCUCUGUUCCCCUUGUCUGCCUGCCUGCCUCUCUCUUUGUUCCACAUAUUUUAGGCCAGAGGAAUCACUUAUUAUGAUGUAGGAAUAACCUCUUAAACUCUAGUUCUUUUAUAAUAACAUAAUGGUUGAAGGAGGCUUUAUUUUUAAUAACUAGAAUUUUCAUUGUUUUUAAUGUUUUAUUUUAAUUCCUAAAGUUAAUAUAUGUAAUUUAUUUAAUUUUGUUAUAAUGAUCUAAUUAUUAAUUUUAAGCAUAGAUGUAAUAUAAAUUUGAUUCCCAGGAUCCUAGACAUCUUAGAUAAGUCAAUACAAAGAAAACUUGAUUUAAAAGAACUUUCAGGGGGGCUGGUGAGAUGGCUCAGUUGGUAAGAGUACCCGACUGCUCUUCCGAAGGUUCAGAGUUCAAAUCCCAACAACCACAUGGUGGCUCACAACCAUCUGUAACGAGAUCUGACACCCUCUUCUGGAGUGUCUGAGGACAGCUACAGUGUACUUUACGUAUAAUAAAUAAAUAAAUCUUAAAAAAAAAAAAGAACUUUCAGGUAGGAAAGUAUUAGUAGGUGAAGAUUUCUAGUGUUUUAAUCACUUUUUACUUAAGCAUAUUUUAGCUGAAGAUGCAUUGAAUGUAAACGUAUAUAUUUUUUGUGUUCUUGAAAUUGUUAUAUGAAAGUGUAGAUGCAAACACUGUUGUGUUAAUAGGCAUUCUUGGAGAGAAAAACAAUUAGGAGCCAAUAACAAUAACUGAAAUAAUAUACAAAAAUAAUUUCCUUUGUAUUUGCUUAGGCUCUUCUUGUCCUGUACUUGUAACAAGGAAAAGGGAACUAAAAUGAUACUGGGAAUGCAGCUGGAAACCAAUUAAACUUCACAAUAGGAGGGAGAUUAUUCAUUUAUAAACUAUAUCACUCUCUAUAUAUAUUAAACACACACAUAUGUGUGCAUCUCUAUAUAUGUACACACAUGUAUGUACACACAUAUGUGUAUAUGUGUGUGUAUGUGUGUAUAUAUAUGUACAUAUAUAUGUGUGUGUAUGUGUAUAUAUGUAUACAUACACACACACACACAUAUAUAUAUAUCACAGAAAGUUAUGGACCAUUUUAAAAUAUCACUAUUUGUCAUUGAUUUAGUUUUACACAAUACUAUUCUCCAGUAACGUUUCUUCUUUUUCCAUUUCUUUCAUUUCUUUUCUCUCUUCUUUUACUAAAUUGGCACACUUGUUUACUUCUCAGGUUUUGCAAACAUCCUUAAUAUGUUGGUAUGGCAAAUGCAUUUCAAUUCAAAUAGCAACUGCAAGUUGAUAUGCAGAAGAACAGAAGUAAUGUGGUCUGGAAUUAAUUUGCUCAAUUGCUUACAAGCAAUAUGCUAUGUAUGAAAAGAUUACCAAAUUACAGGUAUUAAAUUCUAAAUGAUUUAACAGUUUAUUAUGAUUUAUUCUAUUUAACAACCUAGGGAGUUUGAAGCCAUUGGAAACUCCAGUGGCAAGUUCAGGUGCAGUUGGGAGUUCAGGAAUCUCAAUGGAGCUAUUAGUGUAGCAGACUUGUGGGUAAAAUAUAUGCAUCUCUCAAUAGCAAAUGUGAAAGACUCUCUAAAAUGGACCUCAGUGACUUCAUUCUCCACAAGCUGUCCUGGCCCACUCAGCAUAUCCUUUAUUGUUCCAUGAUAUUAAGGCAUGUCUGCUUUUUUUUUUUUUUUAAUAAUAAAUCCAUGACCACCUGAAGGUUUUAACUUGGUAUGCACGGCAUUAAGGCUUUCACAGCCACCAUAGGUAUUUUCUCCUCCAUCCAUUAUGUUAUUAUAAACUAUUACUUUGAUGCCAUAGGAACUUUCUUAGUUUUUCCUACACAUUCUGGGACACUGGCAGAAAUAACUUCUUCCAGAUUAUAGUUGCUUUGUGCAACAGGAAGGAGAUCAGUCAACAAUGGAUUUAUAAACUCUCAGAUAACACAGAAAGUUACAUCUCAUGUCCAAAAAUGACCUUAUUACUUGGCCCUAAUUUAGUUUUGCAUGAAUUUUUAAAGCAGGAAUCAUAAAUGGCCCAAGUGUCUUAAUUCAAAUUCUUACCUGACUGUGGAGAAGAAAUCAUUGUGAUUUUUGAACACACAUAAUUAUGGUUUAAAAACAAACUAACCUGAAUUUGUUUGAAUAUAGUUUUUCAACUUUCUCUGAUACUAAUAAACUCAUCAGCCAGUUGGAAAUUGCUUUCCAGAAAAAAUUCUCAUUGCUUAUAUGUUCAUAUAUUUGUACAUGUAUAAAAGAUUUCAAAAACUUGGAAUAAGUUUAGACCAUUCUUAAUAAGGAUAUUAAUGGAUAUUUAAAGUGCCUGUCUUUUCAGUGUUUGGAAAUUUAUUUAGUGUUUCUUCAGGGCGUAUCAAAUCAAUAAAAUGUCCAUGUCUGUGAUGACUAGGAA